UUCUACUUUCGUUCAUCUCUCUCUCAUUCAAACUUUGUGCCAAUUCUAAGUAAAUUCUCCUUAAUUCUUGCAACGUCAUAAUAUUAUAUAUCCUUAUUUAAAAAUUAAUCUGUCUGCAACUACAUCUUUUUGCUGGAUCUGAAAACUAGAGGUAAUGGACGUUGCUUCUUCUUCUUCUUCAUCCGCUGAUGAUAACCCCCCACGUCGAGAAAAGUAUGAUGUGUUUAUCAGUUUCAGAGGUGAGGACACCCGCCUUGGUAUUACCAGCCAUCUUCAUGCUGCCUUACUUCAGAAGAAAAUUGAAACCUACAUCGAUAACAGACUUCAGAGAGGAGAAGAAAUCGGACCUGCCCUUCUAGAAGCAAUCGAGAAAUCCACCAUUUCGGUGAUCAUUUUCUCACAAAACUAUGCUUCUUCCACAUGGUGUCUGGAUGAGCUUGUGCAUAUACUCAAAUGCAACAACAGAGAAGGCCGGAUGGUUAUACCCGUAUUCUAUGACAUCAAUCCAUCUGAUGUACGAAAACAACACGGGAGUUAUGCAGAUGCAUUUGCUCAACUUGAAAAACGAUUCGCUAACAAUAUUGACAAGGUGCACAAGUGGAGGGAUGCUUUGACGACUGCAUCCAAUCUAUCUGGGUUUGAUCAUUCAAAUAAAUCCGGGACGGAGGUAGAUCUAAUUCAGAAAGUUGUCGAUCAUAUUUGGACCCAAUUGUGUUGUGAAUCAUCCUACGAUUUAAAGGGCUUUGUUGGAAUUGAAGGCCGCAUUAAGAAGAUCGAAUCGCUAUUAAGCAUUCAUUCACCGGAUGGUUGCAUCACUAUAGGUAUUUGGGGCAUGGGUGGUAUUGGCAAGACCACCCUUGCUGAAAUUGUGUUUCACAAACUCUUUUCUAAAUUCGAAGCCUCCUGUUUUCUUAGAAAUGUUAGGGAGAGAGAACAAAAAGAUGGGUUAGAAGAGUUGCAAAAAACACUUGUUAAGGAGAUAUUAAAGGAAGAAAGUUCAUCCAUAGGAUCAACUUAUGUUGGAGAAAGGCUCAGUCGCACAAAGGUCCUCAUUGUUCUUGAUGAUGUGAGUGAUUCAAUGCAAUUGGAACAUUUAGCUGGCGAUCGUCUUCUGUAUGGCAUUGGAAGUAGAAUCAUUAUCACAAGUAGAGAUAGAGGUACACUUGGGCAAACUGUUGAAGAGGGUAAUAUCUACGAGGUUGAGGUAUUAAAACCAAAUGACGCUUUUCAGCUCUUCUAUUCACUUGCUUUCAAGAAUAACAGUACUCAUAAAACAGAUUAUAAGGAGUCGGCAAAAAAGGUUGUGCAUUAUGCCAAAGGCGUUCCUUUAGCUCUUAUAGUUCUGGGGUCGUCGUUCUUCAAUUGCAAGAGCAAAGAAGAAUGGGAAGAUGAAUUCAACAAAUUGAAACGAUUUCCCAGUGAAAGUAUCCAGAAAGUAUUGAGAAUAAGUUAUGAUAGAUUGGAAAUAAAUGAGAAGGAGAUAUUUCUGGAUAUAGCAUGUUUUUUUUAAAAGGUGGCCUAUGGAUGAGGUAAAACAAAUGUUAGAUCUUCGUGGAUUUUUUACGACAGUUGGAAUUAGAAUUCUCAUUGAUAUGUCUCUCAUAUCAAUUGAUUCAAAAUGGGGAAAGGAAACCAUAGAGAUGCACGAUUUGCUACAAGAAAUGGGAAAGACAAUUGUUCAGGAACAAUGUAUUAAAGAUCCCUGUAAACGGAAUAGGUUGUUCACUAAUGAGGAUGUCUAUCGUGUAUUGAAGAGUAACACGGAACUCCAAAUGUUGAAGCCAUACAGGUUGAUUGGUCUUACAUUGAAACGCGAGCAUUGAAACGUGCAGACUUCGAAAAGAUGUCUAAUCUUAUAAUGCUAAUUGCGGUUGAUGGCUACCAACUCGCCGCUUCUCUAGACCUUGUUGAUUCUCUUCGUUAUCUUGAGUGGCCCAGAUAUCCACUGGAAUCUUUGCCGUCAAAUUUUUGUCCGGAAAAUCUAGUUGAGAUUCAUAUGCGACAGAGCAAAGUUAAGAAGCUUUGGAAUGGAGACCAGGUAUAUUAUAUUAUAUGCCUAUUUUAAUUCUUGUGUAAAAUCAAGUGUAGAAAUUAAUUAUAUUUCUAUUUACUCUUGAUACAGAGACUUGUGAACUUACAAGUGAUCGAUUUGCAUCACUCUAAAAAUCUAACUGAAGUUCCAAAUCUCUCUGGGAGUCUAAAACUUGUGAAGAUAGAUCUCUGGGGCUGUGAAAGUUUGGUUGAAGUUCCAUCGUAUUUUCAACAUCUUGACAAGCUUACUCAUCUUAAUCUUGGAAACUGCAAGCGUCUCAAGUAUCUUCCAGAGGUGCCCGGAAAUAUUCAAUACUUGGAUUUAGGAAGUAGUGGUAUAAAGGAGUUGCCUGAAUCAGUUUGGUCUAACGAAAAUAUUUCUUACUUCAAUAUAAGAUAUUGCAGAGACCUUGAGAAACUUUCAAGCAACAGAUGUAAGAUGAAAUUCUUUGGUAGUUUUUAUCUAGAUGGCUGCACAUUUCUUCGCGAGUUUUCUGAGCUUCCUAGGGAUAUAAGUAAAUUAUCAUUGGUUGGUUGCAAGAGACUUGUGAGUCUACCAAACGACAUUUGUAAGUUGAAAUGUCUCAAGGAACUCGAUCUCUCUGAGUGCUCUAAACUUAAAAACUACCAAGAGAUCAUGGAGCUAAUGGAACAUCGGCCCUUAAUUACACGUGGGCCCUUAAUGAAACGUGGGCCCUAUGCUCAGUUUACCGCCUCGAUGACCUUUAAUGACAACUGGAGAAUAUGGAAGUCAAGGCCCUAUACUUAAAUGAUUUAUUAUUUAAUUUUAAUAUUUAAUUAAUAUUUUAUCUAGUUGGACUAAGGAAUGGGGUCCGUCUCAAGUCACGGCCCUAUAUUGGUUAGUGAGUUAUCCCAUAUAAUAUAUACCUCAGUUUACGUGUAUGGGACAUCAUAUUGUGAUAUAUAUGUGUUUAGUUA